ACAAUGGAUGGAGAGGAGACCUGUGAUGGUUUUGUCAUUGAGCUUUACUGUGUAGAAGAGGAACCUCCCCAAGCAUCACAGUCUGAUGGUCAACUGACUGAUGCAAGUGUUGAAGAGACACAGCUAGAGAGUUUGUUGGAAGAUCUGGGCCUGGAGCAGCACAGGAAAGAGAAGUUAUCACUGAGAACAGUUCUUCAGAUCGACAGCAACACCGUCACUGAUGAACCUGCAAAGUGUUUGUCAGAUCUUCCGUGGUACUUUCUGAAAAAACUGUUGAUGUUCAAUGUGACAGCGAGGAAUGUAAAAUGUACAUCAGCAUGCAAGUCAGAAUCUAAAGAUCCAUCAGGGAAUACAGAGUUAGAUUUUGAUGAUCUGUACAAUAGUCCAGAGUCAGAUGAUGCACUGAACCCAUUGGACCUGAUCACUGCUCUGUUUCUGUGCUCAGAUGGUUUUGUUCAGCAGGAAAUGACCCUCAAAAUGUCCAUGUGUCAGUUCUCAGUUCCUCUGCUGCUUCCUAAUUGCGACACAAAUCAGUGCAUGCUCAUGCUUUGGGCCAUGAGAGACAUCGUGAAAAAGUACAGACCUCAGUCGCUUUCAGAAUCCAAAGGCUUUAUUGAAGAAAGAAUUAUUCACUCUAAACUUCCAAUGAUAUCUUUUGUCAGACUUGGUGAAUGCUCCAUGUCCAAGUCAGAGAUACUCAAUAAGCUUCUGAGCAAUUCUCAGCAGUACCACGACACCUUUGUUCACCAAAAAAUGGAGUGUGGAGACACACCAAGGAGAAUAUCCAAUGGAUUGACUGAAAUUACUUGGUAUCUUCCAUGUGGGAAUGAAAACAUGGAUAUUUUCAGCGAGCCAGUAGCUAUAGCUAACCUCCGCGGGGACAUUGCUUCACUGGAAACACCGUUUUCCUUUUUGUGCCAGACAUCUGCAGCGGUUUUUGUGUUCUUUGACAACUUGGACCCAGAAUCCAGCAGACCUCUGCUGAGCCAACACAAGGCAGAAUUGUUUUUGGUGGGGAAUCUGCAGAGCAAAAGCUUCUAUCUGGAGAUUUUAAAAAAAGUAGCAACUGAUUUGAGAUUGACCAACAAAAACAUCAUUUUGAAGAGGAAGCAGAUUAAUGAAGCUGAUUUUGUGAAACAUUUGAGGACAUCCAUUAGAGAUAUAGUUGACAAGUCACAGUUUAAGAUGCAAAUUGAACAGAUGAGUGAUGUUGCCCAUGAACUUGGUAUCUUGGUUGAUGAAGAUUGCCCGGAGUGCCAGACUGCUAAGAGAAAUGCAGAUUCAAUCACUGAAAAAAUACAAGACUGUUUUAAUUACAAAAAAGUCCAACUUCCCUUACAAGGACAAAUUUGGAAAGAUUUGACCUCUUUGGAGAAAGAAGGAUGUAGACUUCGAAAGGUUGGUUCCAAAGACAUAGAAAUGUACAAAAGUGAGUUAUUAGAAAAGAAAGAGAAACUCAGGAAAGAACAAAACUCUUGUGCCAUGUCAGACGCUGUGACGUGUUUCAUCAGUGCCCUUUCAACCUCAGAUAUCGAGAGGCGAUUUUUCCUGAAAUGGAUGAGAAUUAAUCUUGAUAACUUAUCUCAAGAAAAACAGUCUGACCUCAGGGAGCAGUACAAAAAGAAAUGCCAGAAUUCUGAGAACAAAGAGGAAAUUAAAGAGAUCGACAGACAACUUUCUGACAGCUCACUGGGGAUUGAACACUUCUUACGUGAAAUGGGGCAAAUCUACGAGGCUGCUGCAUUUCUGUCAGAAAGAGACGCAGCACAUCAGCAACUGCAGCAUUUACCCAAACUGUGUGCAGAAUUGCUGCUUGAUGGAUUUCCACUUGAGCUUGUAGAUGGAGACGCAUCCAACAUCCCUCUGAGGUGGGUGACUGACAUUCUGUCUGAGCUGGAAAAGCUGGUGUCUCCAAACAACGAGAUGUUGGUCAUCACAGCUCUUGGAGUUCAGAGCACAGGAAAGUCCACUCUCCUGAACACCAUGUUUGGAGUGCAGUUUGCUGUCAGCAGUGGUCGGUGCACCAGAGGAGCCUUCAUGUUGCUCAUCAGAAUCAAAGAAGAUGUCAAAAAACUGCUUAACUGUGACUUUAUGGUCAUCAUUGAUACUGAGGGUUUAAAGUCAGCAGAACUUUCACAGCUAGAAGAAAGCUAUGAGCACGACAAUGAACUUGCAACAUUUGUUGUGGGAAUGAGCGACAUCACAAUUAUCAAUAUUGCAAUGGAGAAUUCAACAGAAAUGAAGGACAUUCUGCAGAUAGUUGUGCAUGCGUUCCUCAGGAUGAAAGAGGUCGGCAAAAAGCCCAAGUGUCAGUUUGUUCAUCAGAAUGUUUCGGAUGUUUCAGCCCAUGAGAAGAACUUAAGAGACAGGAAACUACUCUUGGAGCAGUUAAACGAGAUGACCCAGGCAGCAGCCAAAAUGGAAAAGAAAGAAGGAAACACAAGCUUCACUGACGUGAUGGAAUACAAUCCAGACACUGGCAACUGGUACAUUCCUGGACUGUGGAAUGGGAACCCACCAAUGGCACCAGUUAAUGCAGGGUACAGUGAGGCAGUCUAUGAGCUGAAGAAAACCAUAAUCCAAACUUUGGGGGGUUGUGAGUCAUCUGCUAAUAAGAUCAGUGAGUUUAAUGAUUGGAUGACCAGCCUGUGGAAUGCAGUAAAGUAUGAAAACUUCAUCUUCAGCUUCAGAAAUAGUCUCGUGGCUGAUGCAUACAUGGAAUUAUGCACAGAAUUUAACAAAUGGGAAUGGGAAUUCAAGAAACACAUGUACACAUGAAUUAAAAAUGCUGAAAUAAACAUUUCCAACUUUGGAACAGUUGCUUUGAAAUCAGAGAUCUCUGACUUGGGAACAUUCAUCACAGAACUGAAAAGUGAAGCUCUGUCAGAGCUAUCUAAACAGGAGAUGAUUGUUGAUGAAAAUCUGGCAAAGUACUUUGAGCAAAAAGAGGGUCAUGUGUAUCUAGUAGAACGAUAUAAACAGGACUUCUCAAACAGUGUGAAGAGCCUUCGACAAGAAACUGAGAACUCUGUAUUCAAUCAGCUGAGAGAAGCAGCUGAAAUCAAACGAGGAAACACAGAGCUGGACAGAAUCAAAGAAAACCACAGAAGGAAGUUAGAAAGCAGAGUCCUUGCACUGAUUGAGAAAUGUCAGAAGAAAAAUGUCAAGAUGACAGAUGAAGAACUGGAAAAAGAAUUUGAGGAGAUGUGGAAUAAAAUGCUGGAGGAGCUGAUCUUCUCCAAACAAAACAUCAAGGAUGUCGAGAAGCAGUUUGAAUAA